AUGGUGGUUGGAGUGUCCAAGGGCUUUGAGAAAAGACUCCAACUAAUUGGAGUGGGUUAUCGAGCUACGUUGGAGGGGAGCGAUUUAGUUCUUAACCUUGGUUUCUCUCACCCAGUGAGGAUGCCCAUUCCAAAAGAGAUUAAAGUGAAGGUGGAAGAUAAUACCAGGAUUGCAGUAAGUGGUUUUGAUAAAUGUGCAGUACGUGACUUCUCAGCUUCCAUUAGGAAGUGGAGACCACCUGAACCCUACAAAGGCAAGGGAGUCAAAUAUGCAGAUGAGGUUGUAAGGAGGAAAGAGGGCAAAGCUGGGAAAAAGAAGUGA